UGCCCUUCUUCCUAACAAUAAUAAUUCAUAAUUCCUUAUUUGCACCUUCUCAUCGCAGAUCUUCCAAAUUUCAAAGCGCAGGCAAACUUCUUCUCUCAGACAUGGCAUCUCAAGGUUUGUGUCCUUCAAUAAAAAAUAUUCUUCUUUUGGACUCUGAGGGGAAGCGUGUGGCAGUCAAGUAUUACUCAGAUGACUGGCCAACAAACAAUGCAAAGUUAGCUUUUGAGAAGUUUGUGUUUAGUAAGACUGUUAAGUCAAAUGCUCGUACAGAAGCUGAGGUAACACUACUUGAGAACAAUAUCAUCAUCUACAAAUUUGUACAAGACCUGCAUUUCUUUGUCACUGGUGGUGAUGAUGAAAAUGAGCUCAUUUUAGCAUCAGUUCUUCAAGGUUUCUUUGAUGCAGUCACACUUCUGUUAAGGAGCAAUGUUGACAAAAGAGAGGCACUUGAGAACUUGGAUCUCAUUCUCUUAUGUCUUGACGAGAUUGUUGACGGAGGAAUGAUACUUGAAACAAAUGGACCUCUUAUUGCUGAAAAAGUUACCUCUCAUAGCUUGGAUGCUGAUGCCCCCUUGUCAGAGCAGACGCUUACUCAAGCUUGGGCUACAGCCAGAGAACAUUUGACAAGAACCCUUUUAAAAUGAUGUUUGCAUACACUGAAAAUGAGCUACUUAUAGUUGAAUAGCCAAAUUUUUGUAUGUUAAUGAGAGUUGUUUCAUCCCCUAUUUUGGGAGUUAUUCUUAUGAGCACCAUAUACUUUUUCCCCCGAGUGUGUUCCUCCUGCAUCUUAGCUAUUAUUUGUCAAAUUCAGGGAAGAAGUUAUUGUUGUGAUUAUGUGAUAUUCAAGUUAAGGUUGAGAACUGGUUCACAGGAUUUACUGUUUUAAGUGUGUACAAUCCAGUAUCGAGGUAUUCUUGCAUCAAUAGGCAUAUACACAUCUAUAUGAAGUCACAUUGUACUUUACACAUAAUAUUAAUUAAUCCACGUAAUAUUGUUUUAUGAA